AUGGGAGAAAGAAUAUAUAAAAGCAAAGAUCCCCUGACAAUUGGAUUCUAUACUCAUGAUGGGUAUAUACAGUCUGUACCGGCCUGUCAGAGGGCAGUUUUGUUGGCAAAGAAAGCUCUAGAGUUUAUGGGACAUACAGUUGUUGAGUUUGUGCCACCUAGAGUGACCUAUAUGAUACCAAAUCUUUACAUUAGAAGUGUGCAGGGUGAUGGUGGUAAAAUAUUUAUCUCUAAAACUAACAAUGAUAUUGAAGAACCUACACUUAAAAAGCUCUUGUUACCAUCAAAGUUACCUAAAUGGAUGCGGUGGGUUUUGGCGUGGGCAAUCCAAGCGGCUUCUAAGGAUAAAGUCCUUGGCGAGUCUCUGAGGGCAAGAGUAGAAGUCAAGUCUGUAUAUGAAUGGUUUCAGCAUGCAAUAAGAAUUCAGGAAUACAAAGAAGAGUUUUUACAGGCUUGGAAAGCAAAGAACCUUGAUGCUGUGAUAUGUCCACCAUUUGCUAUGGCAGCAGUCCCUAGUGGGAAAGUGAUAGAUGUAUUAGGUUGUGGAGGAUAUUGUUGGUUGUAUAAUGUUGUAAACUAUCCUGCUGGUGUUCUUCCUGUCACCAAGGUAACCAGUGAUGACAUCACAAAUUUAGAGGAGUAUCCAAGUAACACAAGACAAGAGAAGAAUGUAAAGAAGGUGAGGUAG